AACGGACAGCUGCUUGGUGUACAAUUACGCUUAGUGUGUGGAAGAAUGAGAGAAAUAUCAAGCAUGGAAAGAGAUGUACAAUCAUUUAAUAUACGAAGUUUGCCGAUCCAGUAAAACGCUGGAGUGUUGCAUUCAGUUUGUUCAUGUAAGUCUAAAAGAAAACGUUUCGCGGUCUAGUGGAAUUUUGUCGGUUUGUAACUUAUGUGGUCCUUGAGAACUAACAGUGGUGGUAACUUAAUGGUAAUUAAAAAUAACGCUGAAUAUUUUUCUUUAAAAACAGGAACUUGUUUAUAGGUGAAAUGUGGUAAUCUAUGCUGCAAUCAAUAUAACAAAUCCUCCCAACAGCAACCGGAUCUUGAGUAAAGCAACAAGUCGUGGAAAUGAAAUGUGCACAUAUUCAAUCGAUUUCGAUACAUUCAUCAUUGGUCGACAAAAAAUCACGAAAAUUGAAUGUUUGAUUAUUGUGUGCUAAAAUGAUUGCUAGUGCUGGAGUUAUGCAAAUUGCAACGGUAAAAGAAUGAGUUGAAGAAUAUAAAAAUGUGUUAUGUGGUGAAGUGCAGGUGAUAUGUUUUACUAUCAGAUUUCAAUUAUUUAAAACAUAAAGAGUGUCAGCUUAUUGGAAUAACCGCCGCCAUAAAAUCAUACAACUCGUCUUACUCGCACGUGGCAGAAAGUCUACCCUGUAUAAAAGAAACAAUUGAAGGCAAUAAAAAGUGUUGAACACAAUGUAUACAAUUCAUUUGUUCUUCGUUCUACAAUUAAGUACAGUGUUACUAACAAGCCAGGUUGAAGGUUCUGGACUGUUUGAGCUUAAAUUAAUAUACUUCAGAAAUGAGCGAGGUGUUGAUAACGAUGGUUCCUGCUGUUCAGGACGUGUUAACCUAAAUGGCAACUGUAUUGGAACGUGCAAAACAAGAUUUCGCGUGUGUUUAAAACAUUAUCAAGCGAAAAUUGACACCUCCUCGCCUUGCACGUUUGGUGAUUUUACUACUCCAACAUUUGAAGGAAAUACGUUAAAUCUAACUGAGAAAACUAUGCAAGAAGGAUUCGGGAACCCAAUACAUUUUCCAUUUGAAUUUGGAUGGCCGGGAACUUUUACUCUUAUUCUAGAGGCAUGGCAUGAUACCAAUGAAACCACAACAAGGUCGUCAGGUGUUUUAAUUUCACGACUUUCUAUUCAACGCGUUUUGGACGUAUCUGCAGAGUGGACCAAGGACAAUUACAAUUCGUCGCACACUAUUAUGCAGUACGCAUUUCGAGUUACCUGUGACUCCUCUUAUUAUGGCACGGGAUGUGCUAAUCUCUGCCGAAAACGCGAUGAUCAGUUUGGGCAUUACACUUGCUCAUCUAUCGGUGAGCGUGUAUGUCUAGCUGGUUGGCAGGGUGAUUAUUGUACCACCGCACGUUGUACUUCGGGAUGUGAUGUACAACAUGGUCACUGUAACAAGCCGAAUGAAUGCAUAUGUCAAUCCGGGUGGAAAGGAGCGUUAUGUGAUGAAUGUGAACCUUAUCCAGGAUGUGUUCAUGGAACCUGCAAGAAACCUUGGGAAUGUCUAUGUAACGAAGGUUGGGGAGGAUUAUUUUGUAACCAGGACUUGAAUUUCUGUACGAAUCACAAGCCAUGCCAAAACGGUGGUACCUGUUUUAAUACUGGUCAAGGUUCUUACACUUGUCAAUGCCCCCCAGGCUACACAGGGACAGAUUGUGAAGUUCAAAUCAGUGAUUGUGCAGCGAGUCCUUGUUUGAAUGGAGGAGUAUGCCAUGAGAAAAAACUUAUUGGUGGUUAUAAAUGUGUAUGCAAUAAAGGAUGGACAGGAGCACACUGCGAAAAAGAAACGUUAACUUGUGUCGAGAAGCCAUGCAUACAUGGAGUUUGUAAAGAUACCAAUUUGGGGUUUAAAUGUGAAUGUCCUGUGAAUUACAGUGGAAUCGCUUGCGAGGUACAAGUAGACGAAUGCAAUCCGAAUCCUUGUGAAAAUGGGGGUUCAUGCUUGAAAAAAGGAGGCAUGUUUCAAUGUCAAUGUUCUAAUGGAUAUAAUGGAAUACGCUGUGAAACUAAUAUCGACGACUGUCAAUACAAUCCUUGUUUGAACGGAGGAUCUUGUGUAGACAUGAUAAAUCAAUUUAGAUGCCAAUGCGUCCCUGGUUUUAUUGGUAAGCUUUGUGAAAACAAAGUCGAUUUGUGUUUAACCAAGCCUUGUGCAAAUGGUGGAACAUGUGAAAAUUUAAAUAAUGACUACUGUUGCACAUGUCGAGCUGGUUUCACAGGCAAGGAUUGUAGUGUUGACGUUGACGAAUGUAAUUCUUCGCCAUGUAAAAAUGGUGGCACAUGUGUCAACAAAGUGAAUAGUUACCAAUGCGUUUGUGCUGGUGGAUUUCGGGGAGUGAACUGUGAAGAGGAAGCCUUAUCACCCAACUGGGACUCAGAAAUAGGGAGAAUAUCUGCACAUAUCGCGAGUGUACAUCAUGAAGCUCAAAGUGGACGAACUGAUGGACUCAGUAGUAGUCAGAUUGUGUUGAUAGCUAUUUUUUCUGUAUCCACUCCAUUGGCUGCCUUUAUAGCAACUGCGGUUGUAAUUUGUAUGAAACGUAAACGUCGUAGAGAGCAGGAAAAAGACGAUGCUGAGGCACGUAAACAAAACGAACAAAAUGCCUCGCAUAUGACGCAUCUCCAUCAAAACUCGAUGUCAUCGAAGCGAAGUAGUAAUAGUGCUCUUACAAACCUGGAUACUUCCCAUCAUAUGAUCAAAAAUACUUGGGAUAAGAGUGUGAAUAAUAUGGCGGCCUCAGUAAGUCUUGAAGAGGGCUGUCUAAUGAACAGCAAUUUAUAUAGUGGUAUUGCCAAUACAUUUGGUGAGACGAAUUCGGGUAGCAGUGAACAAUGUUAUCAUGCCAUUCCGACUACUUUGCAACGUGUCAAAUCGCAGAAGCAGCUAAACACUGAUCCUUUGGUGAUGCAUUGUACUCCUCAGACACAAACUUCACAAAUGGCAUCAGUCGGAUCUAUAGGUGUUCCUGUUUCUUCUACUUCUUCGACAACUGUGGUGGCUAAAGAAACGAUGAUGGAAAAACGAAUAUCAGUACUUUCUGAUGAUAGUUUAUGUAACACUCGGUGGAGCACUGGUAUGCAAACUCGUCAAACAGUUGGUCCCUGCAGUCCACCACACGUUUAAUAUAGUAUUUAAAAUCAUCGAAAUGAGAUCUCUUAUGUUUGGUAUAAACAAACUUUUUUUCUUCAGUGAAUUACCAAUUGUAAUUUCUGCUAUAAAUGAACAAUCGUAAUCAUAAAAAUUACAUGAUGAAGUUAGGUUAAAAUAAUAAUUCAUCUGCAUUUUUGAAAACCCCGUGAUGAUCGUAAUUUUUACAAUUUAGUCAUUUUUAUGUGAAAAGAUGAAACAGCGGAGCAGAUAUUGUAAUCUAUGAUAUUAAAUCAAUAUUUUCUGUACAUGUUUGGAUCGCAAAAGAAAACAUACUUCUGAAUUUCAGCCUUUCUCAUUUUAUUUAUUGCAAUGCAAGGUGAUUAAUUGAUUUUUUGUUCAAUUAAACUGAACAACCAAGGGAUGCUUUCAACUAUUAUUAAAUAAAAACUCAUGUAAAUAUAUAACCUUAAGAAAAUUGACUCAAUUGUUUUACUUUUUAUCGUAAAUUGAAAUCAUUUUCCGCUGUUUCACGUUUGAUUUUCAAUAUAUUUUUUCCAACCGUCACAUGUAAAUACUAAUUCAACUGAUAGAAAAUAAGCAGUCAACAGUUGCAGUUGAGAGCAACAGUAUGGUUUAUAUGAUUUUUCGAAUGUUAAAAUUCCCAUAUAAUUUACUUUUUAUAAAACUUUUUAGUCAUAUGCUAAAAAGCCACGUGUUUCCGAAGCAUUUAUUGUAUUCUUAAUUGGCUGUAUAUGAUUAAAACCAGAUACAGGUGUGAAUGUUCCAUAUAGAUAGCAUGUAGUAGCAAUUGCGCGAUGUGUUCUGCUAUGCAGGAUUCACAAGAAAUAACUAGUUCAAAAUGAAGAAAAUUUUGGAAUUUUCAUAUAUGACUAGCGUUAUGGGCAAUAAAUAACAUCAAAACUGAUACAGCAUGGAUGUGCAAACUGUUUGAAAAUGUUUUAUUUUCAUGCCAUACUCUAUCUAUUUUACAUUUUUGAAACGUUUUCAAUUCUGUUUAAGAUACAAAACAAUUAGAGGUGGCCAGUCUAAUGAUGUAAGUGUGUUUUUUGAUAUCUUAAACUAAGAGAACUUAAGAUUAUAAUGUCAUAUCUGAACAAAAUGAACGUAUGUUGACCACCGUUAUUUACUUCAUCUUAACAUUUCCGCAAAUUCAUAAUUAAUAGAGGUAUUGUGAUCCAAGUUUAAUAGUAGCUCUUAUCAUCUAGGUUGCAGCAAAUAAGAUUCUGAACAAUGUACUCAAUAGAGAAAACGAUAAAAACUAAGUCAAAUAGUUUACAUUUUGUUGUAAAACGCUGAAUAAUUUAAAAUACAAAUGACUGAAAUUAAAUUGAUAUAUGAAUA